GCGAAAUCCUUUCCUUUUCCUGACAUAGACUCCUGACUCCCGAGUGUUCAGUAGUGUGCUCAUUAUCUUUAGAGGAAACACACGAGCAUCGAGCAAGAGCAAGACCAAGAACAAGAGCGCGAGUAGAUAAAAAGAUGGUUGUAGAUUGGGGGCCGGUGGUGGUAUCAGUAGCUUUGUUCAUACUGUUGUCACCAGGACUGCUGUUCCAACUGCCUGCAAGAACAAGGAUAGUAGAGUUUGGAAAUAUGAUGACUAGUGGAAUCUCUAUUUUGAUCCAUGCUGUUAUUUAUUUUUGCAUUCUUGUUAUCUUGACUGUUGCCAUUGGUAUUCAUAUACGUGCUACUUAAUACUUGUUCAGAAAGAUGCAGCAAGAUGGCUAUCAAUAAUAUUUUGGUUUUCUUCUUGUUUUGUUUUUUGCUUUUCCUUAUACCCAACUGUAAUUUUAUCCCCCCCUCCCUCUUCAAUGAAUAGAUACUGAUUACUGAGUUGUAAAAAAUUCUGCAUCUAGUUCAACUUAUUAUUUGAACUUGAAUAUACUUUUUAACUUUUUGAACUUCAAAUAACUAGGGAGAAUCUAGGUACGGACUGCGUAUGCUAUGGUCUGGUCAUUUGAUUAAAAAUCUUAUUGAUAUUAAAAUCUGUAACAUAUAUCAUUGAAAAAUGGCGGAUGAGUUGGUUCAUUACACAUGGAGAGAUGAGUGUUCGGUUCAUCGUAUAUUAGUAUUCUGGAUUUGCCUCUGCUGAGAUGCUUGGAAUAUAGUUCAUUUGAGAGCAUGUAAUAUGUUUACCUAUAAUUAUUUGACUAUUUGUUGAGCUAAGUUCAAUAUGCAAAUCUCUAGAAUUCAUACUCUUGCUAUUAACAUCCAUUAGGAAAGUGUGUUUUCAAUAUAAUUAGGCAUAUACAUUUCAAUAUCAAUUUCAAUACCAAAGGUCUAUCGGAAAUAACUCGUUUGUUAUUAGUAACAAUGGUAUGAUAUGGGUAAAGUUGAGUACAAACGACCCCCAAAUUAAUGACAUUGAGGUUAUGGAAUGUUGUGUUGUAUGUACGUAACUUACCCUUGUAAAAACAAAGGUUAUAUUAAAUGGAUAUUUGAUAGCAAACAUCAUUGGCUACACUGCAAAAUCAAAUGUACAAGAAGUGCAAAA